ACACUACUGCCUCCGUUUUGGCUUCUGCAGGGUCUAAGCUGCUAAAGAAGCUUUAACCUAAAGGGGGCCUCAGGGAGAGAGGAGUUGUGGUGCUGCCGCCGAGAGCUCCACCUCCGUGGCUCUGGGUCCCGGGCAGGGGCCGGGCCUGUGGCGGUGCGCGGCGGCCGCUGGAGGCAGGCGGCGGCGGCGGCGGCGGGCAGCCAGCCCGGGUCUCCCUCGUUCGGUGCAGGGCCCGGAGAGGGAAUCCGCCAUAUUGGAGCCGGAGCCGAAGGUGCCCCGGAGCCGCAGCGCGAGGCGUGUGGAAGUGACGGCCCUGGCCUCCACCGGGAAGGAGUCGUCUCUACUGGGGCCCGCAAGGCUGGGGAGUGAAUGAGCUACUUGGGCUAGGCUCUUCCCCGCCCACUCCCUCCACUUUCUGCUGCCGGGACUGGGCCGGGAGGGGGCCGGAGCCGGCUGUGUAGGCGGCAGUGGCAGGAUGUUCUCCAAGAAGCCGCACGGGGACGUGAAGAAGUCCACCCAGAAGGUGCUGGACACCAAGAAGGACGCAUUGACCCGCCUCAAGCACCUGCGCAUCGUCAUCGAGAAUGCAGAAUCUAUCGAUCUUAAACAAUUUUUUGACCAACAUUUUUCACAUAUAUACUAUGUGUUCUUUGAAAAUUUUGUGACUAUUGAAGCUAGUCUUAAACAGAAAGGUCACAAGUCUCAAAGAGAGGAAUUGGAUGCUAUACUUUUUAUUUUUGAGAAAAUUUUACAACUUCUUCCGGAAAGAAUUCAUCAGCGAUGGCAGUUUCAUAGUAUUGGAUUGAUUUUAAAGAAGCUACUUCACACAGGAAAUUCCUUAAAGAUUAGGAGGGAAGGUGUUCGUCUUUUCUUACUAUGGUUGCAAGCUCUUCAAAAUAACUGUAGCAAAGAACAGCUCUGGAUGUUUUCAUGCUUAAUCCCUGGAUUUUCAGCACCACAAUCUGAACAUGGACCUAGAACUUUAGAUAAUCUCAUUAAUCCUCCACUUAACCUUCAAGAAACUCAAGUCACUAUAGAGGAAAUCACUCCUCUUGUUCCCCCUCAAUCAGGAGAUAAAGGACAAGAAGACCUCACAAGCUAUUUUCUUGAAGCACUUUUAAAAUACAUAGUAAUUCAGGUAAAAAGUUUAGAAUGGAAGAACAAAGAAAAUCAAGAAAGGGGAUUUUCAUUUUUGUUUUCACAUUUUAAAAAAUAUUACUUGCCUUAUAUUUUUCCAAACAUCUGCAAGGAGAACAGUUUAUAUCAUCCUGUACUUGAUAUCCCACAGAUGAGACCAAAGCCACAUUAUAUCAUGAUAAAGAAGGAUGCUGAAACCAAUGAAGCUAUCUAUUGUACAAAGGAGCCUUUCAUUAAAGCUCGUGUUAUUGUCAUUCGUUGGCUAGUUUCUUUCUGGUUGGAGCCAAAACCACAUACAGGACCUCAUAUUCCUGGGAUGGAAGGUGAAGUCUUACCAAAGAAUAUUCAGAGAGCAGCUGCUAGUUUGGUAUCCAGAGAAGAAAACAAAAAUGAUAAUGCUGAUAAAGCAGACAGAACUACAGAACCAGAACAAUCUCAUUCUAAUACAAGCACUCUCACAGAACGAGAACCUAGCUCAUCAAGUCUCUGUAGCAUUGAUGAAGAACAUCUCACAGACAUUGAAAUAGUUCGCAGAGUUUUUUCUUCUAAAAGAAGUAAUGUAAACUUUGUAACAGAGAUAUUUCGUCAGGCAUUUUUAUUACCAAUUUGUGAAGCAGCAGCUAUGAGAAAAGUGGUAAAAGUAUAUCAAGAAUGGAUCCAGCAAGAGGAAAAACCUUUGUUUAUGCAAGAGCCUGAAGAAAUUGCAAUCCCUUCUUCAGCCAUACCUUGCAUUGAAAAUGUGGUAGACCAUGAUAUUUCAAUGGAAGAAGGAGAAAAAAGAGAAGAGGAAAAUGGGACCAAUAUUGCUGAGCAUGUUCGAAAUUCCAGUUGGGCAAAAAAUGGCUCCUACCAAGAUACUCUUCAUAAUGCCACUGAAGAAGCCACAGAACAAAACAUACAAGCUGGUACCCAGGCAGUUUUGCAGGUGUUCAUUAUAAACUCAUCAAACAUAUUUCUUCUUGAACCUGCAAAUGAAAUAAAAAAUCUUCUGGAUGAGCACACAGAUAUGUGUAAACGCAUUCUUAACAUUUAUCGUUACAUGGUUGUACAAGUAUCAAUGGACAAAAGGACUUGGGAACAGAUGCUGCUUGUGUUGCUCAGAGUCACGGAGUCUGUACUGAAGAUGUCAUCACAAGCUUUUCUACAGUUCCAGGGGAAAAAAAAUAUGACCUUGGCAGGUCGACUUGCAGGACCACUUUUCCAGACUCUUAUAGUUGCCUGGAUUAAAGCAAAUCUAAAUGUCUACAUCUCACGUGAACUUUGGGAUGACUUACUAUCAGUGUUGUCAUCGUUGACGUAUUGGGAAGAAUUGGCCACUGAGUGGUCCCUAACUAUGGAGACACUAACUAAAGUUUUAGCUAGGAAUUUAUAUAGUUUGGAUCUCAGUGAUUUACCAUUGGAUAAGCUGAGUGAACAGAAGCAAAAAAAGCACAAAGGGAAAGGAGUUGGACAUGAAUUUCAGAAAGUUUCAGUUGACAAGUCAUUUUCUAGAGGAUGGAGUCGUGAUCAGCCUGGUCAAGCCCCAAUGAGACAGAGAAGUGCAACAACCACUGGCUCCCCAGGAACUGAAAAGGCGAGGAGUAUAGUACGGCAAAAAACUGUUGAUAUUGAUGAUGCUCAAAUACUUCCCCGCUCAACUAGAGUCAGGCAUUUUUCACAAAGUGAAGACACUGGAAAUGAAGUUUUUGGUGCCUUGAAUGAGGAACAGCCAUUGCCUCGAAGUAGCAGCACUUCUGACAUCUUGGAACCAUUCACUGUUGAACGAGCCAAAGGUGCAGUUCCUGUCAUUGACAGUUCAUCCCGUCAUGCACCAAGCUUGCAGAGUUCCACAGAGGCUUCUUCAAUAACUAGAUCCACUGAAAGCUACAUCACUGAUACUCAUAGUAGAGAGUCUUCUCUGGAAGUUGGUGAUAGCAUAUAUGACCAUCUUUGUCAUUUAAUAGGUCCAGUAGAACUUGCAGAUUCAGCUUUCGAACAAAUCCAGUACAUUGACCUUGAAGGAGAUGACGAUCUUCUUUCUUCCCUGAAAGAAUAUUUUAAAGAAAGUCAGGGUAAAAAUGAGAUAGGUAAAGAUACAGCUUCUCCAGAAGUGAUUAUUGCAGUAACUAGGGAUGAAAGAUCAUCCUUAGAUAAAUUAGAAUACACAGAUCAGGAAAUUAAAUCAGAAAAUGUCAUGUCUUUUGUUGGGACUCCUGAAAAUAUGCAGUUUGAAAAAGAACCAAACUCAUCUGUCUUCAUGAGUAAUAUUGCACCUAAUCAGUCAGAUACUUUCAUGAGACCACAAACUUCUGAAAAAUCCGAGCAACCAAACAUUGAUAAAAAGUCAUCGGAGCCUAGUUUAGAUAGCCCUUGUGAUAAAGAAAAAAGGAAAUAUCUGUAUAGACAAUCAGCCACAGAAUUAGAUGCCUGUGUAGACGUAACACUAGCUGAAAAGCUUAAGGGUAUGCAAAUUAAUGAAAAAAUCACUGUCCCACAUGUAAUGCAUGUCAAGAAGACUACACUAAAACCAUCUGUUAACCGCAGAGUGCCUCAUAGUUCAAACACUAGCAAACUUUCUCCAACUAAAAGGAGCUUGUCUGAAACAGUAACCCAUAGGGCCAAAAUCAUGAAAAUUGCUACUAAGAAACGAAAUAGUGUUCAUGUUACUUUUAGACCAUCUACUGAGUCUGUUCAGUUUUAUAAUCCUCUGGAAAACAAAGAGGCUCCGUGGAAGAUGAGACUACGGAAGCUUGGUGGCUUUAGUAGUAGUAACAAUAGCAGCACCAGCAAUCUCCAUACCAACUCAACUAGUGGUACAGAGCUUGUAAAACCUGGUGUGUACAGGCCUUUAGAUACAAUUAGUGCAGCAUCUGUUAGUAGCAAAACAGUGAAGGAAUCUACAGAGAUUCCCACUACCGUAUUACAAAAAGAAGAAAUUGCAAGUAAUCAGUUAAGCAGUCGUAGUACUCUUAGGUCAUCAAGUCAUGAGGCAGGUCUACAGCAGGGCUCCCUGGGUGGCGUUUAUAAAACUGUUGUACAUGCUCUUUCGAAGCCGAAGGCAAAUGUUUCCCCACAGAGGCAGAACAGAAUGCCACCAGAGGCUCCACUGAGGGAUCUGUACAGUCAUGUAAUGGGCUAUUUUGGAAGGAAAGCUGCAGUCAAUAAAGAGGACAUGAGCUCCAAACUGCCUCCUCUUAAUAGUGAUAUUGGCAGCAGCAGUGCUAAUGUUCCUGAUCUGAUGGAUGAGUUUAUAGCAGAACGACUUCGAAGUGGUAAUGCCUCGACUAUGACAAGAAGAGGAAGUAGUCCAGGUAGCCUUGAAAUUCCCAAAGACCUCCCUGAUAUUCUAAACAAACAGAAUCAGAUGCGCCCUAUUGAUGACCCUGGUGUGCCUUCGGAAUGGACUUCUCCUGCUAGUGCAGGGAGCAGUGAUCUUAUCAGCUCAGAUAGUCAUUCGGAUUCUUUCAGUGCUUUCCAAUAUGAUGGCCGAAAAUUCGACAACUUUGGCUUUGGAGCUGACACUGGAAUUCCAUCAUCUGUUGAUGUGGAUUCAUGUUCUGGCCAUCAUCAAAGUGCUGAAGAGCAGGAAGUAGCUAGUCUAACCACACUUCAUAUAGAUUCUGAAACAAGCAGUCUCAAUCAACAGGCUUUCUCUGCUGAAGUUGCAACAGUUACUGGCUCAGAAAGUGCUUCUCCAGUCCAUUCAGCUGUGGGAUCCAGGUCACAGACACCUUCCCCUUCUACAUUGAAUAUAGACCACAUGGAACAGAAGGAUCUACAGCUUGAUGAGAAACUCCACCACUCCGUUCUUCAAACACCAGAUGAUCUAGAAAUUAGUGAAUUUCCAUCUGAAUGUUGUAGUGUGAUGGCAGGGGGUACUCUCACUGGAUGGCAUGCUGAUGUUGCUACUGUUAUGUGGCGAAGAAUGCUAGGCAUUUUGGGAGAUGUCAAUGCAAUUAUGGAUCCUGAAAUACAUGCUCAAGUUUUUGAUUACCUCUGUGAACUUUGGCAGAAUCUAGCCAAGAUUAGAGAUAACCUCGGCAUUUCAACAGAUAACCUGACUUCCCCUUCUCCACCAGUUUUGAUUCCUCCGUUAAGAAUUCUUACACCUUGGCUUUUUAAGGCAACCAUGUUGACUGAUAAAUAUAAACAAGGUAAAUUACAUGCUUAUAAGCUCAUUUGUAAUACAAUGAAAAGAAGACAAGAUGUAUCUCCAAAUAGAGAUUUUCUAACACAUUUCUACAAUAUAAUGCAUUGUGGGUUACUUCAUAUUGAUCAGGAUAUUGUCAAUACAAUUAUCAAGCACUGCUCACCUCAAUUUUUUUCACUUGGUUUGCCUGGUGCCACAAUGCUUAUUAUGGAUUUUAUUGUAGCAGCUGGUAGAGUGGCUUCUUCAGCUUUUCUUAAUGCGCCAAGAGUAGAAGCACAAGUUCUUCUGGGAUCUUUGGUUUGCUUUCCCAACUUGUAUUGUGAACUGCCUGCUCUCCAUCCCAAUAUUCCAGAUAUUGCUGUGUCUCAGUUUACAGAUGUGAAGGAACUCAUAAUCAAAACUGUAUUAAGCUCAGCAAGGGAUGAGCCCUCUGGUCCUGCACGAUGUGUAGCACUUUGCAGUUUAGGUAUUUGGAUUUGUGAAGAACUAGUCCAUGAGUCUCAUCAUCCUCAAAUUAAAGAAGCUCUGAAUGUAAUUUGUGUUUCCUUAAAGUUUACGAAUAAAACAGUAGCCCAAGUGGCUUGCAGCAUGCUUCACAUGCUGGUUCAUUAUGUACCUAGACUUCAAAUUUACCAACCUGAUUCUCCCUUGAAAAUUAUUCAAAUCCUAAUAGCUACUAUCACCCACCUUUUGCCAAGUACAGAAGCUUCAUCAUAUGAAAUGGACAAAAGGUUGGUAGUAUCCUUACUUCUCUGCCUUCUGGAUUGGAUCAUGGCCUUACCUCUAAAGACACUACUCCAGCCAGUACAUACUACAGGAACAGAAAAUGAUAAAACCGAAAAAUCAGUCCUCAAUUGCAUUUAUAAGGUUUUACAUGGGUGUGUUUAUGGAGCGCAGUGUUUUACCAAUCCAAAGUACUUUCCAAUAAGCCUUUCUGAUUUGGCAUCUGUAGAUUAUGAUCCUUUUAUGCAUUUGGAAAGUCUGAAAGAGCCUGAACCUCUACACUCCCCUGAUUCAGAACGAUCUUCUAAACUCCAACCAGUAACAGAAGUGAAAACCCAAAUGCAACAAGGAUUAAUCUCUAUUGCAGCUCGAACUGUUAUUACACAUCUGGUAAAUCACUUGGGUCAUUAUCCAAUGAGUGGUGGUCCUGCUAUGUUAACAAGUCAGGUUUGUGAAAAUCAUGACAAUCAUUACAGUGAAAGUACUGAACUUUCUCCUGAACUCUUUGAGAGUCCAAAUAUCCAGUUCUUUGUAUUAAACAAUACAACCUUAGUAUCUUGUAUCCAGAUCAGAUCAGAGGAGAGUAUGCCUGGAGGAGGUUUAUCCGCUGGCCUUGCUUCGGCCAAUUCAAAUGUCAGAAUCAUAGUACGUGAUCUCUCUGGAAAAUAUUCAUGGGAUUCUGCCAUACUGUAUGGACCACCUCCUGUAAGUGGCUUAUCAGAAUCUACAUCUUUCAUACUUUCAUUGUCUCACCAAGAGAAGCCAGAAGAACCUCCUACAUCUAAUGAAUGCUUAGAAGAUAUAACAGUGAAAGAUGAACUUGCCCUCCAGUUUAAAAGAUUUAGAGAAACCGUACCAACUUGGGAUACAAUAAGAGAUGAAGAAGAUGUUCUUGAUGAACUCUUACAGUAUUUGGGUAUUACUAGUCCUGAGUGCUUACAGAGAACUGGAAUCUCGCUUAAUAUUCCUGCUCCACAACCUGUGUGCAUUUCUGAAAAACAGGAGAAUGAUGUUAUAAAUGCUAUCCUUAAGCAACAUACUGAGGAAAAAGAAUUUGUUGAGAAGCACUUUAAUGACUUAAACAUGAAAGCCAUGGAACAAGAUGAACCAACACCUCAAAAACCUCAGUCAGCAUUUUAUUAUUGCAGAUUGCUUCUUAGUAUAUUGGGAAUGAAUUCCUGGGACAAACGGAGGAGCUUUCAUCUCCUGAAGAAAAAUGAAAAGCUACUUAGAGAACUUAGGAACUUGGAUUCAAGACAGUGCAGAGAGACACAUAAGAUUGCAGUAUUUUAUGUUGCUGAAGGACAAGAAGAUAAACACUCCAUUCUCACCAAUACUGGAGGAAGUCAAGCAUAUGAAGAUUUUGUGGCUGGUCUUGGUUGGGAGGUAAAUCUUACGAAUCAUUGUGGUUUUAUGGGUGGACUACAAAAAAACAAAAGCACUGGACUGACCACUCCAUAUUUUGCUACCUCUACGGUCGAAGUAAUAUUUCAUGUAUCAACAAGAAUGCCUUCUGAUUCUGAUGACUCUUUGACCAAAAAAUUGAGACAUUUAGGAAAUGAUGAAGUGCACAUUGUUUGGUCAGAGCAUACCAGAGACUACAGGAGAGGAAUUAUUCCUACAGAAUUUGGCGAUGUUCUUAUUAUAAUAUAUCCAAUGAAAAAUCACAUGUUCAGUAUCCAGAUAAUGAAAAAGCCAGAGGUUCCCUUCUUUGGUCCACUUUUUGAUGGUGCUAUUGUGAAUGGGAAGGUUCUACCCAUUAUGGUUCGAGCAACAGCUAUAAAUGCAAGCCGUGCUCUGAAAUCACUGAUUCCUUUGUAUCAAAACUUCUAUGAGGAGAGAGCACGAUAUCUGCAAACAAUUGUCCAGCACCAUUUAGAACCAACAACAUUUGAAGAUUUUGCAGCACAAGUUUUUUCUCCAGCUCCCUACCAUCAUUUACCAUCUGAUGCCGAUCAUUAAAUAUCAGUUCUGUUUAUCUGAAGUUGGCUCCUACCCAGAGAUUCUACCCAGUGAAGCUCCCACAGCAACGCAGGUAGAUGGGGCUGACCUGGCCUCUCCAAUGUCUCCUCGAACUAGCAAAAGCCGCAUGUCCAUGAAACUGCGUCGUUCCUCUGGCUCAGCCAAUAAAUCCUAAGGAGACAAGCAGCCCAACAGUGAUCAGCAGUAACCACCUUAGCACGAACAAAGUGUUAAUCCUUGCGGGCCUUCAUUCCUGCCAUAACAUGCAUGUUCUUUCCUGUAUAUUUGAGAAAACACUGGACUUAAAUAAUUUGUAACCUAAUAUUUUAGAUUUGGACUAUUUAUUCAAUUUGUUUUUUCCUCACACUCCAAGCUGCCAUAUUUUGAGGGUGUGGAGUUUUAUUUUACACUCUUUACCUUCCUAGAUAAUUAUGUCUAAAUAGUUUUACCUUUAAUUUCAUGAUUAAUGUUGAGCCAAAAUAUAAUUGGACAAAUAGUCUCAUUUUAUUUAUUGUGCCUCAUUGCAGCUUUAUGGCUCAAUAAAUGUAUAAUUUUUUUUUACAAAUGUAAAAUUAAGUUUAAGCAUUUGUAAAGUUAGAGCAAAAAGUAACAAAUCUGUUAAUACAGAUGUGUAUAGAGUAUUUGUUACAAAAAUAAAACACUCAAAAUGCUCACUUAGCAUCUCAAAUUCUUAAGUAAAAUAAUUUUAGCAUUAACUUUUUCUUCCCAAGACAAUGUCUCAUUUCUUGGCUGUGCAGGUGAUACCAUGGCAUAUCCAAUAACUAGAAAAAUCAUUGCCGAAUUUUGAUUUCUGUUUAGUUUCCAAAUAAUUUUCUAAUUUGUUUUGCUUUUAAGUGGUAUUGCUGUUAAAUUGCUAUUUCUGUCUUGAGAUUGUGGCCCUUGAUUAUUGGCUGAUAGAUCCUGGCUUAUCUGUGUUCUUUCUUAAGUAGCAAAAAGAAGAUGAUCCAUAGGAGGAAAAAACACUUUUUGACAUAAAUAUGUUGCUUAAAUUAUGUGUAUUAUUAAAAAGAAAAGGGAACAUGACCCAGGAGUCUAAGUUAAAUCUAAUAUUAUUAAUACUGAACUUUCCAGUGCAAGUUGGUAGACAUUCCAUCCUCCAGAAGUAUUUUCCUAUGGUAGAUAAGCUGCUCACAUUUUGUUUUGAAUGGGCAUCUCUUAAGGAAAUAUGUAGCAUGACAUUGGUACCAACUGCAUGUGUAAAUAAAUACAUCAUACUGGCAAACCAUAGAAUAUAAAUUAUGUAUCAUUCAUAUAGUAUCUACAAAUUUGUAACAGUGGGGGAUUGAAAAAUGACAUGGUAUUUAAUAACACAAUAAAAAUAUUCUUAUCAUGUCCUGUCCAUGAUUUGUCUUACAUAUUUCAUGUAUUUUCAGAUUUAAUAAGCAGGGCUGUAUGAUUAAUGGGGAGAUGUAAAACAUAAACUGAGAUUAUCUUAGCUAAUCAUGAAAACUGAAUUUCCUAUUGAGGAUUCACUCCAAAUUAUUUCUCAGAGAUCCCACCGCAGUCAUUAAAAACACAGGAAAUUUACACCUUCAUGAGACUGGCCAGAAACUUCACCCAGUGCAGUUGGUUAAAGCAUCAAUUUAUUACAGACCUUAUGCUUCUUUAAUUUCUUAAAUGUUACAUUGUUUUAUAAUAUGCUUUCAGGACUAAAACUUUCCAGAAAAAUUUUCUAAAACAGCUUUUCAGAGUUACUGAGUUCCCAUGCACUUCAUUUUUUGUUUUCUUGUAAAUACAAACUAAAAAUUUCUAUGAAUGCUUAUUUUAAAAGAUGAACAAAUGGAUAAGGAGUCCUUGGGAACAAACUUAACGAUAUAGACAAUUUCCCACAGUCAAGGUGAAGGAUUAUAAAAAGGAGAAUCAAACAUUACUGUUCACAUGUUUCUAAGGUGCUUUCAGUUUGUUUUAAAUGAACAUCUACUGGAUUGAUAGUAAUGUAUAAUAAAAUGGACUGAAAAUACCAACUUGAGAUAGUGAAAUUAGCUUAGUGAUAUCACUUUAAAAUUAUAACAGACAGUUAUAACUUUUGUCAUUUUCAGGUGACACUAUUCUGAACCUUUUUUAAGAAAAUACUUUAACAAAUAGCAAUAGAAAAUAUAUUGAAAUAUCAGUACAUAUUUUUGGCCUUUGGGCGCGUCGGUCUGUGCAGCUAUACUUCAGAUGGAUAGCAUUUCUACACCAUGCGUUCAUUUGCAAAAUACAUCUCCUGUCUUUGUAUUCUGUCCAAAUGGGUCACUAAAAUUCUAAAGUAGAAUACUGGCAAUGGGGAGAUAAUAAAUGUGACUUUGAAAAUA